GAGCACGCUGGUGGCGUCGCACACCUCCCCUCCAGUCAGUGAAGGCAGCGUGGGGCCGCCAGCUCGCCCGCCCAGAAGGCGCGGGCAUGGAGCCCGCUGCGGUUGCGCCCGGGGCCCAGGCCGCUGCGUAGGGCUCGGCGAGGGCGAGCGGUGAGCGGCGGGCCCGGCCGCGCGGAUGGCCCGGUCCUCGCGGCCCGCACUCGUGGUCCUCCUGCUGGUCCUGACGGCGGCCGUCGGGGGUCAGGAGCCGGAGCCCGAGCAGAGCCCGGACUGGCGGGCCACGCUGAAGACCAUCCGCAACGGCAUCCACCGGAUCGACACCUACCUGAACGCCGCCCUCGACCUGCUGGGGGGCGAGGACGGGCUCUGCCAGUACAAGUGCAGCGACGGAUCGAAGCCUUUUCCACGCUACGGAUAUAAACCAUCCCCACCAAAUGGAUGUGGUUCUCCAUUGUUUGGCGUUCAUCUCAACAUUGGCAUCCCCUCCCUGACAAAGUGCUGCAACCAGCAUGACCGGUGCUACGAGACCUGUGGCAAAAGCAAGAAUGACUGUGAUGAGGAGUUCCAGUAUUGCCUCGCCAAGAUCUGCCGAGACGUGCAAAAAACACUAGGGCUGGCUCAACAUGUUCAGGCUUGUGAGACUACGGUGGAGCUCCUGUUCGACAGUGUUAUCCAUUUAGGCUGUAAACCAUACCUGGACAGCCAGCGAGCUGCAUGCAGAUGCCGCUAUGAAGAGAAAACUGAUCUGUGAGGAAGAUCUGACGGUUGGGACACACGAGCAUGGGAGAGUAGAACCUUUGCCAAAGAACUGACGUUUUCACUGUCAGUACAAGCUGCCUUGCCUUUGUGGAGUUGCCACUUAUAGACCUUACAAAACUGCACGCAAAACCUCAACGCAAAAAGUAUGGUGACGAGGAGGCUCCGCCCUCCCAGGUGUCCUCUCCACAUUGCCACCUCCCCAUUUCUUUGCCAAGCUCAGAAACAGGUAUAGAAGCGUAUAGAACUCAGUUUUCAUAACCAUAUUAGUAAAAGCAAAUGAGAUCGAAAUAUACAAUGUUUCAUAAGGUUUA